AACCCGGAAGUGUUCCCUCUUUUUUUCCUUCCUCUGAUUAACGUUUGAACGGACGAGAGAAUGAGCGAUUUAUCUCGUGAAGAGACGAUUAAACGCGGUGCUGCUGCCGCCGUACAGCCGUUAGGAGUCAUAUCCGUGUGUUAAUCUUCGAGGAGGAGAGAGGAGGAAAGGAGGCGGUCGAGGUGUGAGGAGCAACGCCCUGAUGCCAGAGAAAAAUACCCUCGCUCUGUUUACAAAUCGACUGGGAGGAAGACAUUGUUUCCCCGCAGUGUGUCGUUAGAUAAUCGCGCGGUUGUGUGUGUGUGUGUGUUUUACAGACGAAGAAAAAAAAAAAAAAAAAAAAACAUGGCUGAACUGCAUGUUGUGGAACCGAGCGGCACUGGCACCAUCGAGCAGCCCGAGCAGCACCACCACCGCGAUGUUCGCGGCUCUCUGCGCCUCGCGUCGCCCACGAUCAUGGUUCCCCCGCGGAGCAGCAGCGGCGGCAGCCAGCAGCUCAGUCCCGGCGGGGUGUCGAGCGGCAGCGGUGGAGGCGGUGGACGCUCGGUGUUCGGGUUUGCGGCGAAGAGCAACACGAACUCUCCGUCCGAACCCGGUUCGCGCUGGGUUCGCCUGAACGUCGGCGGGACAUACUUCAUCACGACCAAACAGACGCUGUGUCGGGACCCCAAGUCGUUCCUGUUCCGUCUGUGUCAAGAAGACCCCGACCUGGACUCCGACAAGGACGAGACAGGGGCCUACCUGAUCGACAGGGACCCCACAUACUUCGGCCCCAUCCUCAACUACCUUCGUCACGGGAAGCUGAUCAUGGAUAAGAACCUGGCGGAGGAAGGUGUUCUGGAGGAAGCCGAGUUCUACAACAUCGCGUCUCUGGUGAGGCUGGUGAAGGAGAGGAUACGGGACAACGAGAACCGGACAUCUCAGGGACCCGUGAAGCACGUGUAUCGAGUACUUCAGUGCCAGGAGGAGGAGCUCACACAGAUGGUCUCGACCAUGUCGGACGGCUGGAAGUUUGAACAGCUUAUAAGCAUCGGCUCCUCUUAUAACUACGGGAACGAGGACCAGGCAGAGUUUCUAUGUGUAGUUUCUCGUGAACUCAACAACUCCUCCAACGGCAUCGUCAUCGAGCCCACCGAGAAGGCCAAGAUCCUUCAGGAGCGAGGCUCGCGGAUGUGAAGAGACGGCGAGCUAAAUAAAACUUUAUCAACAAAAAAAACGAAAACAAAACAAUAACGCGGAAUAUUUUCUCCCGUUUUCAUCGAGAUCCACGAGUUUACCCUCCUGCCGCCGCCUUCAUCACCGUCAUCAUCAAACCCUCGCUCUUCCCUCUCCUCCUGUGCAACAAGACCCCGACCCUCCUCCUCCUCUUCCUCUUCCUCCUCCAUCGCCGGAUUCAGGCGGAGUAUAAAAGGAAUUACAAGUGAGCGGGUUUUCCUCUUGAUGGUCAGUGUCACUGCGGUGCUGAUGGACGCCCAGCACAGAGCAUCAUCAUCAUCACUUUUACAUUUGGCUCUGUCGACUCAGCAGAAAUCUCCUCAGGACUCUUAAAGGACAUAGAGGGACGAACGCAGCUCUGCUGAUUUUAACCUGAACCUGCUGAUGGCGCAAACAUCCCGCCGCCGCCGCCUCCCUCUCUGCACUCCCAGAAUCCUCGGCUAGAUGUCCGAGGCGGGUCACCGGCGCCGGCACAACAAACGAAGGGUGGAGGUGGAGUCCGAUCGCUCUGUUUGAGGCAGCCGGAUGCUUAAUUUUCCUCUUUUAGAAACACCUUAAACGAGUGACGAACCCGACGUCUUUCUGCCGUCCUGAAAUCUCCUCCUCCUCCUCCUCCUCCUCUGUUUCCUGCUCCCGGUGCUCGAGUCGGUCGCUCCUGUUUGGGAUAUUUUCUGCGCAAAAAAAAAAGAAAACAACUGACUCAAAGAAGACUGUGUACUAUUUUUGGAGGCAUGUGAGGAAUCUAUAUAAAUCUAUAUAGGCUACAUGAUGACAUAAUCUGAAAAUGGUGUAAUUACUGAUUUCUGUAUCAUAGUUGUCAUAUAUUUACAUAUUCUCGGUGGGUAUUUAAACGACGGGAGAAAAUAUCACUUUUCAUAACCAGAUUGAAACCCGGUCACCUGGAUGUGAGUACGUGUGUGCAGUGCCUCUCUGCUUUUUAAAUGUCCACGACUGAUCUUUCACCACCUUUUUUCAGCUGCACGCUUUCUGUCGUGUUCCUCCCAAAAAAAAAAAAACACACAAAAAAAAGUUUUCUCUUUGAUAUCCCGCUUUGAUCUCUUGCAUAUCUUAAAAAUUGUAAUUGGGGGAAGAGGAAACGUGUCCCUGUGGCCUGUGGCCCGGUUUGUGUUGCACCUCGUGCUGAUCUCACCGCCUCCAUCUGCUGAAGUGUCUUCUCACGUUCUGCAGCAACUCGUAGCAACUGCGGCGCGAGCGCGCUGAAUCCCUCUCGUCUCGCUCAUGAGAUACCUGAGCCCAGGUCGACGCUGAGAUUUACGGACUGUAACCAAACCUACCACAUGGUGUCCUCAGUUCCCCCUGAGCUUCGGAGCAAAGCUUUUAUAUUUCAGAUGUUAUGUGACGUUGGUUUUGCUGUGCCAGCAGAUAGAAAAUAACUUGGCUUGAAGUGUAUUUUUCUUAAAUCUACUUGGCAUCAAGUUGCAGUGUGACGGUGCUGAUGUUAAGACUUGUAACAACAAUACACGUAAACUCUCCUCGAUCAUAACCGUAACAACCUGAUUAUCGGGCUGAAUAUGUUCAAGUAUGUGUUUCUAAAUUAUUUAUUGUGAAAUGCACUUUUUUUGUGCAAGUAAAACUGAAUUUGCCGCGCCUUAAAAUGUGCAUUUCCUGUAAAACUUUAAGGCUACAAGUAACUAAAGCUGUGGUCAAAUAACUGAUUAAUAGAUCAAAUAUUAUCAGCUUUAUGUUUCUCUGUUUCUUAUCGUUGUAAAUUAAAUAUCUUUGAGGUUUGAAGAUGUCUACUUGGGCUCCGGGGGGAAAUGUGACAUGUUACACUAUUUUUAGACUAAACUAUUAAUGUUUAUAGAGAAAGUAAUCCGUAAAAUCAUCGUUGGUUGCAGUCAUAGCUGUCAUCAAACAAUGAUUGCUUUCAGUCAUGAGGAUUCUGUUUUUCAGUUAAUCGGUUGAGAAAGUAGUGAAAAAUUUCGCAGAGCUCCCGGUGACGUCUUCAAGUUGCUUUUCAUUGAUAUAUAACGGAGAAACAGAAACCGUGAGUUUUUGCCGGUUGAUGGACUUUUCUGUUGAUUGACGUUUACAGUGAGAGUUUAACGUUGUUACUGGUGUAAACGCAGCCUUGUUAUACGAGCAACUUAAUGCAGAGUUUGAGCCGUACUCGCACAUAUCAGAUGGAGAAUCUCAGACUGAACAUUUUAAAUCCCUGAAAAGCUAAAAAAGAAGAAACAAGUCACUCAGACACACCUUUCUUUGUACAGAGAACAUAUUAGAUGCAGUUACGUUAUAUCACGCAUGAACAAACAGAAGAAUAACUGUAGCUGUGCUGUUGUCCCGCUCCCUGAGGCUCGAACUUUGAUGUAACUUCUUCUUAUUUGUUCUGUUUUCUUUUUGUGCCGUUUUAAUUCUGCUAAUCUGAGUCGUGAGCUGCUAACGUCUCAUUGAGGAGCAGUCCUCUCCCCCUCGUUGUAUCUCCGGGCCUUGUUUUGCAAAGCACCAUGGGUGUUGUUUCCCCUUCGUCUGUGUCCAGUGUUGUGCCUUUUGACCUGUGUUGUGCACAGUUGUCUCCCCCCCGCAGUCGCUGGCUUGUUUUUUUUAUUGUCAGUGUUUCAGCGAGAAGCCAAACAAACAAACGUUAUCUUAUGACACAGCUGCUUUUCUUUGUGCCAUUUGCUUCAGAGCUAAAACUGUUCACAUCACUCCUCAAGUUAAAUCUGCUGAGAACACUGGUGGUGGUUUUGUUUUGUGUUUUACCAAAAUGGGAGGAAAGCAGGAAGAAAUCUGCUUUAAUCUUAGUAACACUCCAGCUGUGCUCUUGUUGUGAUCAGAAGUCGAUUUGACCGUUAAGAUUUAUUCUUGGGUUGCAUGCUGAAGCCACCUCUGAUGAUCCCAUUCUUUUAAAUGUACGUAACCGACCUCUUUAGAAGCACUUGUACCCGUCACCUUCAUGGUCCCAGUUGGAUCUUCCAUCGGUUGCUUAUAGUUCAACGGUUCCCAAACUGAGGGAGUGUCGCAAGAUGGUUCAAAAAAGAUAGAAGAGCAAAAAAACCAGAACAUAUUUGUGUUAUGCUUCAGUCUUUCAUCCAACUUUUUUUAUUUGUCGUUUCAUUUAAGUUUUGUGCAGAUGUUCAUGGUCCCCGGAGGAUGAACCCUGCUGACUUUGGGGAUCCUCUGACGUAGUGUGACGUGGCAGGUGUUUAUUGGUGUGUCCACAUAUUCACAGAAAUGUUUAUCGGAUGCUCUUCAAUUUGAUUUAAAUUGAUGCCCACUUAAAAUAUGAUGUCAUCAUGUGUGGAUAAAUAUCAGGCCUCGGGGCCAACUUCACAGAUUACAAAGCAAAGGUCAGAUGUAAAUCUGUAAGUUUAAUAUUAAGAUUUAACAAAUAGAGAUGGUGAAAUAUAGUUUUCUGUGCCCCGAGUGAAGAGAAAGAUAAUUUCACUAAAUUUAACUUGACGUGUUCAAAGUCGUCGGAUUAAUUUAUUAGAAAUUCAGCCGUAGUUUAUUUUAACAUGAGGUCAAAAUGUUAACUGUUCAAAACUUUGCUAAUAAAUAAAAUGUUAGAAUGUUAAAGUAAGACGUCAGUAAGGUAAACAUCAUACCUGCUGAGCAUAAGCAUGCUAACAGGGCUGCACACAGUUCUCCGUCCUUCAGGAGUCAAAUAAGGGAUUAUGAAGAGUUUGCUGUUGAACUGGUCUCAGCUGCUGUUAAAGAGUCUUAAACAGGUUGGGAACCGCUGACCUAAAACAAAAAAAUAACUUUCUACCAUUUAGUUCUUACUUUCACCUGCACUAGUUAGUCAAACAGAUUAUGUGCAAUUAUAACAAAUCUGCAAAAAAAAGAAAAUGUAAAUAUAUAUCUGUUGUUCGGGCACGUGAGAACACGAGAGCAUGCAUUGUUCUAGAGAUUAAGACGUGUACUGGAGUUUGUCAGACCUCCGUGUUGGUGCAAAGUGUAUGUGGUGCAUGGUGGUGAGGGGGGGUGUAGAGUUCUUGUGUGGAACAGUUGGUCUACAGCGAGACACGUUCUCCGCCUCACACGUCAUGUUUCUUGGUUGUUUUUUUGUAUCUUUGUCACGUUAGUUUAACUCAACUUCUAGAUGCAGAAUAGCUUCGAACAAAAAGUACCCCCCACACACACACACACACACACACACACACACACACACACACACACACAGACACAGACACACCUCGGUUUUAAAGUAUUUACUCGACACACAAAAUAAAGCUUUUUUUGUUUGAAUCCAUGGAUCAUGUUGCCAGUUAACCUGUAAACACACUGCAUGCGUUUGUGGACAUGCACCUCUUGUACUCAUUUAGAGUAUUGAUGAAAUGUCACCUGUUAACGUUACUUUCUGUUCAUUUAGCAACAGUAUUGAUGUCACAUGUGAAUAUUGUCGAUGGAGAAAAAAAACAUUUUGGAAGCUGACAAAACAUUUUUUUUUUUGUUGUCUGAUCUUUUGUUUCACUUUUAUUUAUUUUAUGUUUUUUGGAAUUUUGUCUACAAAAAAAUUGUCGUUUCUUUACAUGUGACGAUUUUAAUGAAACCCGGUCUGGUUUUUAAUCAUAAAAUGUGUCUGUGUUUUAAACAA